AUGAUAAUAAUAAAUGAUGAUAGCGAUACUAGUAAUGAAUAUGAUCUUGGUUCUAGCAUUUCAAAUGAAGAUAAAAUGCUUAUAUCACGAGAAAAUAGUUUUAUGAACACCGACGUUGAUGUACCUGUACAACAAAAUUCAUGGAUAGAAAAGGAAAAAUGGCGUCCAUCAAAUCUAGAUAAUCACGAAGUAGUAGAUUUAACUCAAGAAGGUUCAUUAUUUGAAGAUUCAAGUCAGGCAAGCUGUUCUUAUACAUUAAUUGACGAAUCAGACCAGGAAGGUUAUUUACCAACUGAAGAUUCAAAUAAAGAAAGUCAAACAUCGAUUAAAAGCCAAUCACGUGCAUACCUUGACCAUCACAAGCCUAUACUACAAGGUAUUGAAGAUGAUCCACUUAUCCAAUCUCAAACAAAUAAUCAAGCAAAGGAAAGAAAAUCUAAAAAUGAUG